ACCAACCCGUGGAGACUAUCCACAGCAAUCUGAGCAGCCCUGCGAGAGGCUGACAGUCCUGCUCUGUUGUGGGGAGUAAGUAGGGUGCCCACGAAACCCAACCAGGACCAGGCGACAGAACAAAAUGGCCGCCAUGACUAUAGACCCGGUACAGCAGCCUCGGAUGUACCAGCAGACCCUCCUUCAGGAUGGACUGUGCGACCUGUUGGAGAAUGACAAGUUUGUGGAUUGUGUCCUCAAAAUCCAAGACAAGGAGUUCCCCUGCCACCGCUUGGUUUUGGCAGCUAGCAGCCCCUUCUUCAAGGCCAUGUUUCUGUCUGAUCUGGAAGAGAGCAAGAAGCGUGAGAUUGUCCUCAGAGAUGUGGAGCCAGGUGUUAUGGGUAUGAUUCUGCGCUACUUAUACACCUCCGACAUUAAUCUGACAGAGCAGAAUGUCCAGGAUAUCUUUAUGGUCGCUAACAUGUACCAGAUCCCCUCCAUCUUUUCUGUGUGUGUGUCCUACCUCCAAGAGAAGCUGGUGCUGGGAAACUGCUUGGCUAUCUUCAGACUGGGGCUGCUUCUGGAUUGUCCCAGGCUAACCCUGAUUGCUAGAGAGUUCAUCUGUGAACGCUACCAGGUAGUUGUCAGGGACCAGGAAUUCCUGCAGCUGAGUCCAAGUGAGCUGGCAAUCAUCAUCACCUCAGACGCCCUCAAUGUUGAGCAUGAGGAGCUGGUGUUUGAAUCUCUGAUGGACUGGGUCAAACACGACGAGACAAACCGGGUUAAGGACCUGCCAGAGCUGUUGCACUGUGUGCGUUUUAGGCUCAUACCUUUGGAUUACUUCAAAGAAAAAGUGGAGCGCCACCAGUACAUACGGUUCAGCCAGGAAAUCAAGAAGGAGUUGGAUCUCGUCAAGGAUGCUCACAAAGGGCGUCUCCCAAAGCCCAAGAAGCUCAGCGGGGAUGAGGCAAAGGGGGGAGAAGAAAAUGAAGACGAAGAGGAUGACGAUGAGGAAGAGUACCUGCCGGGUAUACUCAACAACAAUCCACGUUUUGGGAUGUUUGAGAUGGACCUGAUACUUAUGAUAAGUGACACAGGGACUGUGGCCUACGACCCAGCAGGAAACGAAUGCUUCGUGGUGUCAGAAUCCACAGAAAUCCCCAAAAACCACUGCAGCCUGGUCACCAAGCAGAACCAGGUGUUUGUUGUCGGAGGACUUCUCUACAAUGAGAAUGAUAAAGAUGAGCCGUUCAGCUCUUACUUCCUACAGUUUGACCCAGUGAGUUCAGAAUGGUUAGGGAUGCCCUCACAACCCAACCCUCGCUGUCUGUUUGGGAUGACAGAAGUCGAGAACUCCAUCUUUGUUGUGGGAGGAAGGGAACUGAAGGAAGGCGAGCACGCCCUGGAUUCAGUCAUGAUCUAUGACAGACAGUCAUUCAAAUGGGGGGAAUCGGACCCUUUGCCUUAUGAAGUAUAUGGCCAUGGAACUGUAUCACACAAAGGUCUUGUCUACGUAAUUGGAGGAAAGUCUGAGAGCAAGAAAUGCAUGAGAAGAGUCUGCGUCUACAAUCCCACUAAGUUUGAGUGGAAGGACCUGGCUCCUCUGAAGACGGCUCGCUCCCUGUUUGGUAUCACAGUUCACAAAGACCAGAUUUUCGUGGUGACAGGGGUCACAGAUGCAGGUCUCACCAGCUCUGCGGAGGUCUAUGACAUUGCCACCAACAAGUGGUCUGAGUUCACAGAGUUCCCUCAGGAGCGCAGCUCACUCAAUCUAAUCUCUUUGGGAGGCUUCCUGUAUGCUCUAGGAGGUUUUGCCAUGAUGCCCAGUGAAACCAGUGAGGAGCCCGUCCCAACAGAGAUGAGUGACAUCUGGAGAUAUGAUGAGGCCGAGAAGUGCUGGAACGGGAUUUUGCGAGAGAUUAGCUAUGCAGAGGGAUCCACCAUUCUUCCAGUGCGUCUCAACACUCUGCGUCUCACAAAGUUAUAACUGAGCUGAUCUGUUGUUGCCAUGUGGUCAGUGAUGUAACAUUAGCAUUGAAGUAAAUGAGUGUACUCAUUAAGGACAUUGGCUCAAAAUUAGCUUAGGGUACAGAUUGUUUCAGGACAACACUUGAAUUAUUCUCUGAGAAAGGGUUAUGAAAUCAGCAUCAAAUAGUUUUAUCUCGUGUUUUACAGCAGGGGGAGACAGAUACAUGCUAAGUCUGAGAGGAGUGAGGUAAAAAAAGGCAGGUCAUAUCACACCAAAUUUCUUUUAUAAAAAGCUAAAAUGUUGAUUUGUACAUCUGUUUUUGUUAUAUUGUUUCAUAAAUUUUCUUUACUUCCUGUUUGCUUUAUUUAAACAGAAAUAAAGAUAAAGGUUGACUGU